GCCCAACAUGGAGAUUGUAACACAUUUAAUCAAUGACACAAUAGAGUUCUACAAAUGGACAUUGACCAUUGCAGACAAGCGUGUGGAGAAAUGGCCUUUGAUGGACAACCCCCUGCCCACACUGGCCAUCAGCAUCUCCUACCUGCUUUUCCUGUGGCUCGGGCCAAAAUACAUGAAAAACAGAGAGCCUUUCCAGCUCCGUAAAACCCUAAUCGUCUACAACUUCAGUAUGGUCUUCCUCAACUUUUUCAUCUUCAAAGAGUUGUUUAUGGCAGCACGGGCCGCAGGAUACAGUUAUAUCUGUCAGUCAGUCAAUUACUCAGAUGAUCCUAAUGAAGUCAGGGUGGCAGCAGCCUUGUGGUGGUACUUUGUCUCUAAAGGCAUUGAAUACCUGGACACAGUGUUUUUCAUUCUGAGAAAAAAGUUCAACCAAGUGACCUUCUUGCAUGUGUAUCAUCACUGCACCAUGUUCACUCUGUGGUGGAUCGGCAUCAAAUGGGUGGCCGGAGGAGUGUGA